AUGGGACUCCUGAGGACUUCAGUGAUCCUUCUGCUCCACCUGGCUGCCUGUCGAGCGGCCCCUGUGCGCUGUGAGGAGAAGGUAGUCCGUCUGGAGGCAGAGAUCCAGGGCCUUAGAAACGUCAUCAACGACCAGCAUAACUACAUCCAGGAGCUUCACCACAGCCAGGCCCAGCAGCUGGAGCACAUACCCAACUCACACCUGGGCUCUGACAACCUGUACAGAGACUGCUCUGAGGUGUUUGCGGAUGGUAACGUGGCGAGCGGGCUGUACGUGAUCCGUCCGGAUGGUUCUCCAACUGCUCUGAGCGUCUACUGUGACAUGAACAACGGAGGAGGAUGGACCGUCUUCCAGAGGAGGAGAGAUGGCAAGGAGAGCUUUGACAGAGCAUGGGUGGAGUACAAACAUGGAUUUGGGGAUCUCUUCUCCCCUGAUGGAGAAUUCUGGCUUGGCAACGAUGCUCUGCACCUUCUCACCACACAAGGAAACUACGACCUGCGGAUUGACAUGGAGGACUUUGAGGGAAAUCAGCGCUUUGCAGAGUACAGAAAAUUCAAAGUGGACGAUGAAAAGGACCAGUACCAGUUACACCUGGGGGAAUACAACGGGAAUGCUGGGAACGCCCUGGCAGGCCCUCACUCUACUGGGCAGCAAUGGACCGGUACUGGCCGGGAGUCUGACGGGAUUAAAUUCAGCACCUACGACCACCUGAAUGACGCUCCUGGUGACGUUGACGAUGACGCCAGCUGUAUCAGACACAGCAGGUCGGGCUGGUGGUUCAGCAGGUGUGAUUCAGGCAACCUCAACGGUCAUUACUAUAAAGGACCGUACAAGGCCAUGACCGAUGACGGGGUGGUGUGGUACACCUGGCACGGCUGGUGGUACUCCAUCAAAUCAGUCGUCAUGAUGGUGCGAGCCGCUGACCUCGAGGAUCCACCACAGGGCAUUGCCUCGUUACCGGAGCAACUCCAAUCCAGCAAAACAUCAGGCAACGAGAUCGAUUUUUCUCAUGAGUAGGCCAAAGUCUCUCAUCUCUCCUGCUGGAAGACUUUUGUUUUUGUUAAUAUUUGACUUAAAACGUCAUUCUGUAAUUCAAAUUCUGCUCCAUUUUCACUAUUACACCUGUAAUUUUGAAGUCAUAAUGACUUGAUUGUGACAAUUUUUUGGACUUGCUUCUGUAGAUUGCUUAAGCCUGCAGAUUUAAAAACCUGCUGUAAUAACAAUGUAAUCCUUGAAAAUGCUCCUGAUUAAAG